UGAUUUAUAAACAAAAAAUGAGCUUACAAAAUGCCAAUAAUUGUAUUGAAUUUUGAAAUAAAAGUAUUAUCAAAGCUUUAAAUAUUUGAAAGCAGUUUUUAAAUGACUUAUAUAAAAUAAUAAUACGAGAUGGCGUCUUUAAGCGUACGAGACCAGAAGCUCGAACAGCAACGGCAAAUAAUGGAGCAUAAGAUGAAACAAAAGAGGCAGAACUCUGGUAUGGUUCAAGCCAAUGAUCUUAGGGUAGGCUCUGCUAAGCGCCCCAUAUCUGGAAGCCGAUCUCGAGAACUCCACGGCUAUGAUGGUCCGAUGCAAUUUCUAAUGUCGCCAGUAAAUCCAGACCAAGUUAUUCCUCUCCAAACAAAUAGAGUCUCAACGUACGAUGAACUUGGCAACCAAAUAGAAGUAUUGACUGUGGGUGAUGACGUUGGCGAAGGCAGCGGCGAGGAAGAAGGGGAAAGUGUACCAGUUUGUAGUAUGGGGCGGGACGCUAGUACUGAUGACGUCUGCGCCGACGCAGCGGUCGCUCCUUUGCAGAACAGAGCACAAAGGGAAGAUUCUCCUAGCCAGACUGCAGAAAUCGAAGGUUCAGUUGAAGGCUCCGUAGAGACGUUCGUUAUAACUCCGGCUAAACAUGGUACGCUUUACAAGUGCAGGAUAGCGAGAGAUAGAAAAGGCAUGGAUAGAGGACUGUAUCCCACUUACUUUUUGCAUCUUGAGAAGGAUUAUGGGAAGAAAGUGUUUUUGCUGGCUGGCCGUAAACGCAAAAAAUCCGCGACUUCAAACUACCUGAUGUCAACAGACCCGACCGAACUAACCCGUCAAGCGGACAGCUUUGCUGGCAAACUGCGCUCCAAUCUAUUGGGCACAGCAUUCACUGUUUACGAUAACGGUAAAGCGUGGCGCAAGAACCACAGAGACCCGCCCAGGCAUGAGCUUGCUGCCGUUGUUUAUGAUACAAACGUCCUAGGCUUCAAAGGCCCCCGAAAAAUGACGGUCAUCCUACCGGGAAUGACGCCGGAUCGUCAAAGGGUUACAAUAGCGCCUCAGGACGACAGCGAAACCCUUCUAGAGCGUUGGAAGGGCAGUAGCUUGGAUGAUAUUGUGGUAUUGCACAAUAAAACUCCAGUAUGGAACGAUGAGACCCAAUCCUACGUGCUUAACUUCCACGGGAGAGUUACACAGGCGAGUGUUAAAAAUUUUCAGAUCGUUCACGAUUCUGAACCAGAUUACGUGGUGAUGCAGUUUGGAAGGAUCUCUGAGGACGUCUUCACUAUGGACUACAGAUACCCUUUGUGCGCUUUGCAGGCUUUCGGUAUUGCGCUCAGUUCGUUUGACAGCAAAUUGGCUUGUGAAUAGUUGUUUUUUGUGAGUUCCUUCGAUUAAUAAUCUAAUAGAUAUGCUUGUGAGUCGUCGAAAAGUGACCUUGAAGGUUCUAAACCAAUUUUUAGCGUCUAAAUAUGCAAAAACAAGUGACGAAGUAUUGCAGGCGUUACAUACAACGGACAACAAUUUUAAUUUGCUACUAUAAUCCGCUAAAACUAGCCAAAUCGGCAAGGUAUAAUUUCAGGGGUGUUCAAGAGUUUAUCUGUGUGGACUGUGCAGAUUUGGCGAAUUAUAGUAUUCACGUUUAACUUUUUAUACGAAUAUCUUAUUUAUUUCUGCUUAUUUAUGUUUUACACAACACUACAAAUAACGUUAAUUAUAAUUAUAACUUUUGAUUUAGAUUUUGCAAUGGACCUCAUAUAUAGUACAUUAUUAAUCGAAAAUUCCCUUAAAUGUAAGUUAUCAAGUAAAUAAAGUCUUCAGCUUUUAUCUGUCGUUUAAAAUGGACUACCGAACGUCAUGAUUUGACAAUUCAACAUAAAGCAUUGCUUUAUGUUGCAUGCUAUGGUCAUUUCUAGAAGGUUUCAAUCUCCUGUCUUUCUAUUUUAUUUAUGUUAUUCUCAUAAUAACGUCACUGCUUGUUACCAGUUUAAUGAUCCAAUAAAAAAAAAAUUAAAUAAUUAAGGCAGAUUGACGCUGCUGUGUUAUUUACUUGAUAACCUUUUUUACCCUGUGGAUCACGAGUUGAGUUUAUAAGGAGAUUGUAAAAAAAUAUUGCAUUUGCAUUUAAGUGAGUAUACAGUUUAGAAACGAAGGUAUUUGUGCGAUGUUACUGCGGGUUUCGGCUUUUCUUCUUCUGACGGUCAUUUGCGGCAAGGAUACAUUUAUAAUGAUUUUUCACAUGCCCUUACUUCAAGGUCACAAACUCUGCAGUAACAAUAUGCGGCUUCAACGACAAUAAAUAGAGUCCCAAAAACUCUUAAGUUGAUGCAUCAUGAGCGUUAUAAACAAAAUGGCAGAUCCUACGCGCUGUAUCACUGUUUUCGAAAUGUAUAAUCACUUGGCUUGUAACUAAAUAAACUCAAACAUCAAAGUUUUUAGGUAGUUUUUAGUGUAGAUAUAUUUUACAAUCAUGUUUUUUUACAAGGCUGGGUCUUGUUUUAUCAAUGUUGUUUGAUAAACUAUUGUUAAGUAUCAUCACGGAUUGCGAUUUUUAAGGUUAAACGCACAAUUAUUACGCAUAUUUUAAGUUAUAUCUUAGCAAAUAUUUAUGGGAUCUUGCGAUAUGAAGCGGCCAACUUGCUGGCAAAAUCAAGGACGAGGUUCUUCACAAGAUAUUGCCAGAACCCAAGAAAAUUUAGCCUAAGAAUAUCUAAAGUUUUAUAAGCAAAAUUUGUUGGACUCAGGCAAUGUCACGUGACAAACCCGGCGAAACUAGUUUGAUUUUAAAACGAAACUAGUUUGAUUUCAAAACGAAACUAGUUUGAAUAUCAACCCAUUACCGGCUAACGGGUCUGCUCCCACAAUGAGAAGCGUGAUGUUAUAAGCAAUAAAUCUGCGAGUAGGCAGAGCCCAAAAAACUAUUACAGCUUCAAAUAUACUACAAAGUAUAAAUAUACUACAAAGUAUAAAUAUACUACAAAGUAUAUUGAAAGGUUUUUCUGGAAAUCUACGCACACUAUUUAGUUCUGGGUGCUUGUGACGACAUAGGUUGUGUUUUGUUUGAGUACGGCAUCGAGGAACCAAUGAUAGAAGUAUUAGUUUUUUUGAAGUAUUAGAUGAUUGUGUAACAAUUCGUAGAGGUUAUUUAACUAGUUUUAAUGGUCCAAGAUGAGAGUCCAAGAAGGAUUUAAGUACGCGUAUGGACUGUUCCCCUAUUUGGGAUUUUAGAUUGUACGUGUCAUAACCACGGUUCUAUGAACUUAAUAAACCUGACGUGUACUUGAGGCUUGGAUUUGCCACCGAUUUUAUUUCAAAUCCUAAUAAAUACUUGGCCAAGGGCGUUGUUUUUUACAAUAGGCUAUAUUCUCUGUCUGUUACUUGUUUUGUUUGCGUUUUGUAUUGUAUUACAAUGUAACGUUUGGUAUUUUAAUAUGAAAUUAAAAAGAAAAACAUUUAUUCAGCAAAUUAUACAAAUAAUAUGCAUUAAAAGAUAAAUAAUAUCUUAGUUAUUUGAGAUCUUCAGCCUCAUGACAUCCAUUUCUUAAUUUGAUCAUAAAAUAUCUGAAAGACACCGAGGGUAAUGUGGCAAAUCCAAAUUGAAUAUUAAUUUUAAACGUACAAGUAAGUCUGUGGCAUAUUUGGUGUGUAGAUAGCUUUAAGACACUUGAUAAACAUUCCGAGAAUUAUUUAACUAUUUAUGUGUCGAAAAAUAACAAUAAGAAACGACACAGGCUUACGGAUAAAUUUGUGCACUGCGGUGAAAGUAUUGUACUUGAUUAAGAUAAAUUAUAUUAUAGUAAACACAAAUCUUUAUGAACCCUAUGUAUGAACACAACAUAAGUGCCUGUAAUACCUACAUGAACUAAGGAUUUUUUAAUAUGAAUUUGAAAUUAUGAAUAUGGGUCCAAAAUUUAAAUCGCGUCGCAAAGGGCAAACGGAUUGCGGUAAGGCGCUAGCAAAAGUAUUUUAUGUUUAGGAAUGCAGGAAGUGCCCUAAUGUAUCGAUAUAUUGGUGAAAUUGGUUGCGCCCCGCUUUCUCAGUCCAAGGCAAGGGUGCGAUUCUCACAACUGGAAAAUGUUUGUGUGAUGAACAUGACUGUUUUUCAGUGUGUAGGUGUUUAUUUGUAUAUAAGUAUUUAUGUAUCAUUUAUUGGUUAUCUUAGUACCCAUAACACAAGCUACGCUUAGAGUGGCUUUACGUGGUGAUGUUUGUUUCGUAUUAUCAUUAUUUAUUACUUAAUUCCAGCGGUUUCAGUGAGUGGAAAUACUUAAUCGAAUUUAAGUUUCGGUAUCUCAUAUCUUACUGUUCUCAUAUAAUAAAUGUCGUUCAAAAAUUAUCGAUAUGUCAACAAAAAUAUAUAUUAUUAUACAUCCUAUAGCCCACAAAGAUUUGUGUAUACUUAGAGUUUAGGCGCGUAUUUAAGUAACCGGGAGAAAAUGAUUUGAUGUCACAAUAAUCAUAUUCCGCGCGAGAUUUUUGAGACAAGAAAUCAAAUUAAUUUCUUUAGGCUGUUAGUAAAAUAUAUUUAGAAUGAGUUUGAUUCCUUAUUUAAGUUUUAUUAUAUCAAUGGUUGGGCUAUUUCGGUUACACAAAUCCCAGAUAAAACUAGCAGCUCUAAGUGUGCUAUAAGUGCUAACAAAAUAUCCCGAAAAAGAUGACACUAUAUCAGAGAGACGGCCAAAGUAAAAUGGAUUUAAACUUCCUACUUUUAAGGCUUCACUUUAUUCACAGUAACAAUAAGCAUUCCUAGCAGUCCGAUGUUCGACUUUCAAGCUAUAGGCAUAAGGCCCAUUUUCCUUCGACUGUUUUGAUAUAUGAAUACGAGGUUACUAUUUUAGGCGUGAAAUUCUUAUAGCAAGAGCGCUGUUUUAAGUUUGAUGUGGGAUUGUGUUCAAUUAAAUUUUAACCAUUGUGUCCUAAAUGUAUUGACUUAACUUGCCUUUAUUUUAUUUUAAAUGUACAAAUUUUGUGUCAUUCGUAUAUAACAAAUUGAUUAUGCGUUUUUGUACUAGUCACUAUUACGUAUU